AUGGCCGAACAGGCGGCGACGCCCGCCGGGAUCGACCCGCGCAGCGGAUUCUGCGCGGCCACGCGGACCUUCCACAACGUCUGCUCCAGCUCAGCGGGCGCGCUGCCGCCGGAAUCACUCCCGGUCACGGCCGCGGCCGCGGCCUACGCCUUCUCGCUCCUCGCCUCCCCGAUCGCCCUGCGCUCGUCGACGCCGCCACAGGUCCCCGUGCUCCACGUCGCGCUCAUGUCCAUCGGCACCGUCGUGUCCCCCGCCAACCCGGCCUCAACCCCCGAGGAGUACGCGCACCAGGUCGCCCUCUCCAGGCCCGUCGUCGCGUUCGCCGCCCCCGAGGUCGCCGCCAAGCUGCCCGGCCACGUCAGGUGCGUCGUCUUCGGGUCCGAUGCGCAGGAGAGUCUGUCCUCUGCAGGCGCGAAGGCGGCUCCUCCGCCGGCCGUCACGCUGCUCCCACUCCCCCUGUUCAACGUCUUCGGGUUCAUGAUGUUCGACUUCGGUGCCGCGCUGCGCGUGAUCCUGCGGUACCGCGUCACGCUGCUGCCCGCGGCGCCGCCCGUCCUGGUGGCCAUGAUCAAGUCCAAGGAGGCACGCCACGGCGACCUCUCCUCGCUCCUCGUCAUCGCCGUCGGUGGCGCGCCCCUUGGCCGGGACGUCGCUGAGCGCUUCGCCGCUGUCUUCACGAACGUUCAGGUUGUUCAGGUUAAGCAUGAGACUCCAUGCAGGCUGCAGAAUACUACUGAAUCUUCCAUGCAGGCCGGGCAGGAGGAGGAGGGGUGA